AUGCGAGCUAAGGUUCUCCUGCUGAGCAGUUGCGUACUCUGCCUGUCGCUUCGCAACAGUGGUGACCCGAACGUUCGAUCCACCAGAAUUUUGCACCACGGCGACAACCCAUCUGCCGCUCCGCCCGUCGCUCAUGUUCCUAGUGCCGCUGCGGUAAAGCUGCCUCCUUAUUGGAAUCGUAACCCCGCUACCUGGUUUGCACAGGCCGAAGCCCAAUUUCACUUGUCCGAGGUGACCUCUCAACUUACCAAGUUUUAUCACGUCGUGUCGGCGUUGUCACCUGCAGCCGCCGACGAGGUUUACGACGUCAUUACUACUACUCCCCCGGACAACCCCUACGAUAGUCUCAAAUCCGCUCUUCGCACCAGGACGACCACCUCCGCGCGCUCGCGUCAGCAGCAGCUUCUCUCUGCUGAAGAGCUCGGCGACACACGGCCUACCCAACUACUUCGUCGGAUGAAACAGCUUCUCAGCAACAGCACACCAACCGCUGGCGGCGAUUUCCUUCGAGAGUUGUUCCUACAGAGGCUUCCCCGUAACGUACAAAUGAUUUUGGCCACCGCGUCAACUCUCGCCAUCGACGAGCUCGCUGCUCUUGCUGACGCGGUCAUGGAAGUCGCUACUCCGACACCCGUAGACGUUAACGCUGUCCAUACCCCUCAGGCAGCUCAUAUCGAUCGCCUCGCUGUGCUUGAGCGGUCGCCUCGACCCGUGUCUGUGGACGACCUUGCCCAGCAGGUCAGCAGCCUCACUCAACUCGUAGCGACCCUUGCCACCCGCAGUCGUUCGCCUAGCCCAGUCCGUUCCCGUUCAAGACCAAGUUCUCGUUCCGCUCGUCGUCCUCGAUCCGGAAGUGCGCAGUCAGACGGCCUUUGCUGGUACCGCCGCUGGUUUGGAGCAGACGCACACCACUGUUUGCUGCCUUGCACUUGGACGGGAAACCCACCGGCCAACCACUAG